AGACAGUUUAUACUUUAACAUUUGAUUUAAGUUAUGAUUAUGUUAGACUGUAAUAUAUGUAUGUAGCAGACAGAAAGACAGAUUCAACAUGUGUCAGCCGGCAUGUCCUCGUAUUGUCUUAAUCAUUGGUUGUGUGUCAACAGUGUCCUCGUAUUGUCUUAAUCCAUGGUUGUGUGUGUCAACAGUGUCCUCGUAUUGUCAACAUUUGAAAGACUUUCGUGUGUUUAAUUUGAUGUCCUCAUACAGUCCAACUCAAUAGCCGUGUGUUGAUCUGUGAUGACAUAGUUUAGGAAGAUGUACUCUACUGUGAUAACACUUUUCACUUCGUUCUGGUAUUAUGAAUUUCAAUGCUGCUUAUACUUAGAUCUACAUUAUAGUAUUAAUUUGACAUUUUAUUUUGUGUUUUGCUACAGACAUCAAGUGUGGAGGACUUGACUCCAUCGUCAGGAGAAGCACAAAUGACCGAGACAUGUACAUCUUCUCUCCAACAGAUAUCUGAUGAUGACUUCUCAGACAACACAGAUUAUGAAGAUAUCGACUAUGUUCCAGACUCAACUGGCUAUUCUUCAGACACAAGUGUUCAUAACCAGGUUGUCACAACUGACGACGAUUCUGAUGAGGAAACGAUCGCUGACCUACACCAUCAGGAAGGUUCAAGUACUGAGACUUCUGGGGAUCCAAGCUUAACCCCUGACUCAAACACAUUGAGCAACAUGGAGCCCACUUUAGAUCCAGUCAUGUUGGACUGCUUGGAGUCCACUUCCAGAAAAACCAGAACUGAACCAACUGAUUCCCAGCAGAACACCGCACCUAAAGCCAGUACAGCUUCUUUAAAGUUCUCCAAUAAAAAGAAAGCUGGAAAGGAGAGAAGCAAGUGGAGAGAUGAGGAAGUAACUGCAGUUGAACGACACCUGUUACCGUUCAUCACUGGUUUCAAGGUACCAGGUAAACGGGACUGUGAGGCGUGCCUCCAGGCAGAGCCAGUAGCUCUAAAGGACGGAGACUGGGCUGCUGUCAAAUUCUAUAUUUACAACAGAGUGGUGGCAUUAAAAAGAAGAUUGAACAAAUAGAACUGUAAAAAUUCU